GAAACCUAAAAUAAAAUGGGCGCUGGCAGCGUGGACCUACUGGUCACUCUCCAGAUCCUGCCCGGUUUCUUCUCCAACUGUUUGUUCCUCGCGCUCUACGACUCGGUGGUGCUGGUGAAGCGCCUAGUGUCCUUACUGAGCUGCUCGGGCAGCGGCGGGGGAGAGUGGCAGCGUAUGCUGACCUCGGCAGGGCUCCGGUCCAUAUGGAACAGCUUCCUGCUGGAUGCAUAUAAACAGGUUAAACUGGGUUUUGAGGCACCCAACUCCAAAGUGGUCAAGGUUCCUGGUAGCUUCCGGCGGCGGAGCAGCUUGACCACCACCACGGGCCCUCAUCCCGGGGACGAGUGCCGCCUGCUGGACUUUGAGUCGUCGGACCGCCCUCUUGUGGUGAACUUCGGCUCGGCCACCUGACCUCCCUUCAUCAGCCACCUGCCCGCCUUCCGGCGGCUGGUGGAGGAGUUCUCAGACGUGGCCGACUUCCUGCUGGUCUACAUCGACGAGGCACACCCCUCGGACGGCUGGGUGGCGCCCGCCAUGGGCCCGCGCUCCUUCGAGGUCAGGAAGCACCGAUCACUGGAGGAGAGGGUGGUGGCGGCCAAGAAGCUGAUUGAGUCCUUCAGCCUGCCAUCUCAGUGCCAGCUGGUGGCCGACUGCAUGGACAACAAUGCUAACGUGGCCUACGGCGUGUCCAACGAGAGGGUGUGCAUCGUGCAGAGGAGGAAGAUCGCCUACCUUGGAGGGAAGGGACCCUUUUUCUACAACCUGAAGGAUGUGAGGCAGUAUCUGGAACAGAGCUACGGCAAGAGAUCGGACCAGACAGAGAGGAAGAGAUGCCUCUAGUUCUAUGAACAACUAAACGCGGCUGAAAAAGAGGAAGAGAGAAUGUUUAUUUUUGUAUAAAAAGGAGAAUAAAAGGAAGAUGAGGUGCUUUCAAAACUGGACUGUCAACACUCAGAACAGAACAUGUUACGUUCCGAAGUUCCAAAUCUCAUGAACUUCCUUUCUGGAAGGAGACCAACUUUCCACUAGAAAACAACAGAACAGAACCAAGAGACUUAAGAGCAUGGACUGAUGCUCUGCUACCUAUGGUAGUAAGUUGACUGAGAGGAGAGACUGAAAAGGUUAACCGCUGACACGCUUUAUCAACGCCUUCAUCCCCGUUUGCUAAUCAUGAAUAAGUUCUCUAGUUACAGUCCACAUUAACUUCUAACCUGGCUCCUUUCAAAAUGAAAACCAAAUUACUGAACAAGGUAGAAAGCAAAAGUACCCAUCUAUAUAUAAAUAUAUAAAAUAUGAUAUUCAUUUAUUUAUAUGGUUUUUAAUGUUAAUGUUUGUUUUUACACCAUGGUAAUGUUUUGUAUGCCGAUGCACUUGUAAUGCUUUUUAUUUAAGACAUUGUGUCAUACUCCCAUUUCGUGUGUAUGAGGGGGUGUUACAACACUAUUCACAACCACGUAGAGUAGACUGCUUAGAACCAUCUAGACUCAGACACCUCCUAGUACACCUUUCAUGUUACCACACCACCUAGAACACAGAGGUUAGCGCUGUAUCGAUCUCCGCCAUAUUGUCGUUUUAACCUGACAGACGAUGCGAGAAGGAGAAAGUGAGCCGGAGAGCAAAGCACAGCAUGUUAACCAGAAACGGAGGCAAUAUGUGUACUGUAGUUAUUACCGAGGAUCCGUAGCUAGCUAGCUGUAAUCCCAGAGCUAUUUGCUGUUGGUGAUGGUUUGUGUUAGCGAUGUUGGUUAGCGAUAAGCCAGGGGUGUACAGAGAUGUAAUGGGUCGAGGGAGAUGACAGUGUCUCCAAGACCUGAGGCGAGUUUCCUGAAAGCUUUAUGGCUAACGUGGUACUGCAUUUAUGUUGACAACCCAGACUUACGCCACGUGUAGAACAUCAAACAUUUACAGUUGGUGCUCUCAUGGUUGAAUUGUCAAGAUAAACAAAGUGCCUUGUUCACCAUGACGUUUUGGUACACUGAGCUCUAAGGUGUGUGGCAGGAGUUGAGGCACGCUAAGGACAGGUGGUGUCUAGAUGGCUUAAGAAGGUGUGUGUGUCAGUUGUAUGGUGUGACGUGACUGAAGGGGUUUUUAGUUGUCCAUGGGAAAGACAGGCAGACAUACAUUUGGUUUGGGUCGAGACGGGGCUGGUGUGAGAAUGAAAACCACUGACUAAAGGGUUACUGACUCUGUUUGUGGUCGGAUGACAGACCUCACCUCCCUGACGUAGACUCAAACCAACAUGUAUUUUAACGUCAUCAAACCAUCCAACAUUCUCAAACAAUUUCUAGGAGAGGUCCAUAAACUGAUGCCCCCCCCCGUCUUCAUCCAUAUGCUCAAUCCUGUGUAGUGCUGCUUUUCAAAAAAAAUACAGGAGAGUAGAGGGACAGAAAGUAAAAUAAAGUUGUUGCUGCUGACUGA